GAUACGCAGCUGACAUCAAGAAGGAUGCCUGCAGUGUCUAGUCUGAUCCCUUCCCGUUUUCUGACACUUACCGCUCAUUUAGUCAUUGUCAUUACCAUCUUCUGGUCCCGGGAGAACAAUGUUCUGGCUUGUCUUCCUUCCAGCUACUCUGUGGAGCAGUACAACAGCCGUGAUACAGAGAUGAUUGUUGCACUGUCAGUGACGCUUGGUAUGUUUGUGAUUGAACUCUGCGGGUUCUUCUCAGGAGUUUCAAUGUUUAACAACGCUCAAAGCUUAAUAUCCAUGGGUGGGCACAGCAGUGGCACUGUUGCUCUCCUCUUCUUCCUGUUUGAGCAGUGGGACUGCACCAUCUACUGGUGGAUAUUUUCUUUCUGCAGUGCAUUGCCAGCUGUCAUUGAGGUGAUCUUGUGUGCGGCUGUGCUGGGACUAAAGAAGAAACUAUUGUAAAAACAACAACAACAAAACAUACAAAAUGGUGAGAGAGACUUUGGAGCUGAAGCUUUGAAGUCUGGCAAGUGAUGGAGAACCUGAUCAUUUUCUUGGAUAAAGAUUACAGAAUCUAAAAACUUAUAAAUAACAGGAGUGAAAUACUGAUUACAUAAUCUGGACCUUGGAUCUGGCACUGAUUAUUUCUACUUGUACAAUCCAAAAUACAGUAAUGAUUACAGAACACAGAUCCUGUAAUUAACAGUGAUAAUUACAUAAUCCAAACCUUGUGACUGAUGAUUAAUACACAUCCUGUAAUUAACAGUUAUGUGGUGAUAAUUGCAUAAUCCAAACCUUGUAAGUUAAUAGUGAUGCAUUAUUAAUUACAGUACUAAUUACAAAAUAUGAACUCUUUAACAGUAGUGAAGUACUGGUUACACAAUCUGAAUGAUGAAAAACAGCAGUGCACUACUGGUUACACAAUCCAGAUCUUGUAAUCAACAGUUAAACAGCACUGUUGGCAAAAUCUGAGCUUUGUAACUAACACUCCUGCAAUAGUGUGAACAUUAACACCACUGCAGUACUGAUUACAGAGUCUGAACCCUUUAAUUAAUGAUGCAUACUAACAAUAGAAAAUUAACAUUAGAAUUUGAAGUUUGUAAGUAAGAGUGAGAGCAUCUACAUGGUUUAAAUAACGGCACCAUUGUAGUGAUUGCAGCACCUGAACCUCAUAACUAAGAAUGAUACAGUAGUAUCUGCCAACUCUGAACCAUGUAAGUAGGCCUCUGCUUCAUUUGCCUAGAGCCAGUUUGCCUGAACAGAGCUGCAUAAAUUUGCAUUUGAUUGCACAGUCCCCUGAAAUACUAGAUGGUCCAGCUAAUAUUAAUGAUAAGUUUAUCAAAGUAAAACUGAUAUGAACAGAAAGUAUGGCAUGGAUGAAAAACACUGUUCUUCCAGGGGAGCAGGUAGCCCUACAUUUGCUGCUUGUAUAACAACUUUGUGAUAAUAAAACCUUGAGACUAAAGAAUGCACGCCAUAGUCCCCUUGAUUCCAUGACUCUGUGUGAUAUGUUUAAGCAGGGCACUUUGAGGUGAAAGGCUCAACCCAACAAAAGCAGAUAUGGGAACUUGCCACCCUUCUAUUUAUUGAGUCUGCAUUUGAUCUGACACAUUGCCUAUCCCAUUUGUUUUACAUUGCUGCAGUUCUGACAUUGGGAUCUUCAAACAGGAGUCAUGCAUUUGGCCUUGUUGAUUGAAUUAAACAAAACUGUACUUAUUGCAGAAUCAGAACUUUAUAGUACUGUUGCAGUUAUAUGUUACAUAAUCAGAACAUUACUAUUUAUGUAAAUAUAGUAUUCGGUCUGAACCUUGUAAGUAAUAAUUCAAUGCUAAAUGCAAAAUUUGAACCUUGUAAAUAAUAGAGAUACAAUUGAUAGAAUUUGCCCUUUAAAAAUAAUAUUUAACAGUUGUGUGAGACACCCUCCAACAGUCUGACAUUCAUCAGAAGCAGAACAGAAAAUAAAGCUAAUAAAAAUUAUGGAGUGACUAGUUUCCCAUGACACUGUAGAAAUCUAUAUUUGUGUACUGCACAUACUUGAUGGGCCCGAUUUCAAAAGACUUGCUCUCGGUGUAAGUGGCCACUUAAAGGGACAGCAGGUCUUUUGGAAUCUAGCCCCCAGUGGAAGUCUAUUUCACUUACACUGACAGCAGGUGUUUUGGAAUCAGGGCAGACUUAAACUCUUUUGAAAUCUGUUUUUUUAUCUUUACUGCAUAUCACUUGUAGUAAGCAACCAACUGUGUCAGCUCAUUUACACUAAUACCAUUACUUCUGUGUUUUCUGGCAUUUGUCUCAGCCGAUAUAUUAGCAUUUAUUCCUGCACCAUUAGUUUUGUUGUUCUGUUUAACAGCAUUUCUAGCUCUGUCAUCCAUGAAAUGGAUGUUUCACACUCUAGAACACACAUUGACAUCUCCCCAGCAGACCACUGUGUCAUUCAUUACACAACACUGAUAUCUCCCCUGUUUUGCUAUCCCUUGUACAUUGUAGUUUGGCUGUUGCAGUCUCAAUACCCAAUGAUAUAUGGCCUAAUUAAGAUAGAAUAUUAUCAGAGGAGACCACCCUUUUCAAUAAUAUGAUCUAUCCAUAUAACUCUUCAGAAAAUUAUUUAUUGAAAUUGUCUUUGUGCUAUGCACAUAUUUUUCUGUGCUGUUUGUUUGAAGUGGUAGUCCACGAGUGCUUUAUCAGAGCAUUAAUAUUAUUUUAUACUUGGAAAAUAAAGUUUUUGUGACUUUUUGAGUGCCUUGGGUUCUACUAACUUCAGUAGUUGUAUUGCAGAAGUGAGGUCGUAUGGUAAAGUAAAUAGCAGCUUUCACAGGCAGAUGUCUUUCGGUAAAGCAUGCACAAAGCUGUAUUAAGUUUAAUUAAAGAUAUUUUUCAUAAAAGUUGUAGUCAUUGCUUCUAAAUGUAUAAAAUGCAUUGUAUAUAAAAAUGUAAUUUUUUUGUCAAAUGGAAAUGCAGCAGAGCUAUUAAAAACUAAGUCUUCAAAUAUUCACACGUA